AUGAGUCUGUAUGACCCACUCGGAAUGCUCGCCGCCUUUGUGGUUCAUGGGAAAAUUAUUAUACAGACCCUAUGGAAGACCGGGUGCAAGUGGGAUGAACCAAUCGAUGAUAGCACGUUUGCUAAUUGGAAGCGCUGGACCAACUUAUUUUCUCGUCUUGGUGAAGUUCGAAUCUCUCGACCCUAUUUCGGACAAGGUUCACCUGAAACUUGUCAGCCAAUACAAAUGCACACCUUCGUUGAUGCCAGCGAAGAAGCGUAUGCUUGUGUUAUCUAUUUUCGCUAUUUCGAUCGCGGUUUUCCGCGCUGUACUUUGGUAGGCGCUAAAUCAAAGGUAGCUCCAGUAAAACCACUCUCGAUUCCACGCCUCGAACUACUAGCUGCUGUUCUAGGAACACGAAUGGCAAACUACAUUCAAGAAAACCACCAAAUAUCGAUCUCCCAGAGAUUUUACUGGACCGAUUCCUCAACUGUGCUUCACUGGAUACAUGCUGAUGCUCGAAAAUAUCAUUCCUACAUCGCUUGUAGAAUCGGAGAGAUUCUCACAUCCACGAACUUGAACGAAUGGCGAUGGGUCUCAUCUCGUGAUAACGUUGCGGAUGAAGCCACAAAAUGGGGGCAUGGCCCCUGUUUCGAAGAAAGUAGUAGAUGGUUCCACGCUCCUGAGUUUUUGUGGGAGCUCGAAUCAACUUGGCCAAAUCAGAAAUGGCAAGCCGUAAAUGUGCAAGAAGAACUACGAUCUAGCUGCUUUCAUCAUCAGACGAGUAAGGAAAUGUUAGUGGAUUAUACACGGUUCAGCAAAUGGGAACGCAUACAUCGUACAAUAGCCUAUGUCUUCAGAAUUUGUACGCGGAAAGAAGACGACCAAGUCAGCCCUCUUGAAUAUUUGAAACAAGAGCAUCUUAAGAAAGCAGAGCUGGAGUUAAUCCGAAUCAUUCAGCGGGAAACCUUCCAAGAUGAGAUAACUGUGUUGCAGAAGUGCCGAAAUGGCAAGCGUGCGGGGGCGGUGCCGAUCGCUAGUCCGCUGUAUAAAUUGUCGGCGUAUAUCGACGAAGAAGAAAUUGUUAGAAUGGACAGUCGUAUCGGCGCUGCCCCCAACCUGCCGAUCGAAGCUAAGUGUCCGAUUAUUCUAGCAAAAAACCAUCGUCUAACUUUUCUUCUUGUAGAUUUCUACCACCGUCGGUAUCUGCACCGUAACCACGAGACCGUUUUCAACGAACUACGACAGCAGUUCUACGUGCCUGGAUUGCGAAAACUGAUUCGCACCGUUACAGCUCGAUGCCAGUGGUGCAAGGUGUACCACAAAAAUCCAACUCAACCGAAGAUGGGACCUCUUCCAAGAGCGCGUCUCGUCGCGUUCCAGCGACCGUUUACUUUCGUGGGUCUAGAUUACUUCGGCCCGCUCUUCGUUAAAGUAAAACGCUCCCAUGCGAAACGAUGGAUCGCACUUUUUACGUGCCUUACCACCCGAGCUGUGCACAUGGAGGUCGCUCAUAGUUUAUCAACAACAUCCUGUAAAAUGUGCAUUCGAAGAUUUAUCGCGCGACGAGGGGCCCCUGCUGAGAUAUACUCGGAUAAUGGUACAAAUUUUCGAGGAGCAGCGAAUGAACUUCGAGAGCAAUUGCAGAACAUCAAUCAACGAUGUGCCGAAUCUUUUACGAACACGAAUACUAAAUGGGUUUUCAACCCUCCAGCGGCUCCGCAUACUGGCGGAGUCUGGGAACGUCUUGUGCGCUCGGUAAAGACGGCUCUAGAAUGCUUUCAUGAUGCGCCUAAGGUCCCCGACGACGAAACUCUCGAAACUAUCAUACUAGAGGCCGAAAAUAUUGUCAACAGUCGACCUCUAACGUAUAUACCUCUCGAUUCGACUAAUCAAGAGGCUCUCACUCCGAACCACUUCCUGUUGGGCUCAUCAACGGGUGCCAAGAUGCCCUCACAAGAACCAGUCAGUCCACUUGAAGGUCUACGCAAUAGCUGGAACCUCGCCAGAACCAUUUCUGACAGCUUCUGGAAGCGGUGGUUGAAAGAGUACCUUCCGACGAUUGCCAGACGAACCAAGUGGUUUGAAAAAACCAAACCCCUCGAGCCAGGUGACUUAGUGUUCGUGGCCGACGAGAAAAGGCGCAAUAGCUGGAUUCGGGGCCAAAUUGAAGAGGUUUACCCCGGAAAAGAUGGGGAGGUUAGACAGGCAAUGGUGCGCACGAAUCACGGCCGUAUUCGACGAGCUGCAGGGAAUCUAGCAGUAAUCGACGUCGUUGAUGAUGGUAAGACCGAACUAGAAGCUGUGACCUCGUCUUACGCUGGGGGGAAUGUUACGGCCACGAUUCCCUCUGGCUGCCCUAAUAAUUGA